UGCAUUCUGGGUUAAAGUUGCGUCCAUCUUGUUGAACAGAAACGUGCACCAAAAGUUUUAACAUGACAGACGCCGGCUUUUUCAAGGUCUAGACUUAGCACCAAGAACUGUUUUAAGCUUCAUUCAAUCAUCAGCGUAUAUGCACUAAUCAAAAGUCAAGGGGGUUUAUCUUACACAUUGAGCUUGCUACAAACAACCAGACGGUAGCUGCCGAUCAACCAACUAGCGACACAAAAUAUAGACAAAAAUGUCACUGCCAUUUACUUCUUCGUCAUACAAGGGCACAAGUGCCGACCAGGAUAACAGAUUCUCAGACAAGAAGAAGAAGUUAAUGAAGCAGAUGAGAUUUGCUGAUGCUUUAGAAUCUAAGGUUGAUAUGUCAAAAAUAAAUGUAGACAGCAUAAAACCAUGGAUUGCUAAAAGAGUUACAGAAUUAUUAGGCAUUGAGGAUGAUGUCGUUGUCGAAUUUGUUUACAAUCAGCUUGAAGAAUCUAGGCAUCCAGAUCCGAAAGAAAUACAGAUAAACUUGACUGGUUUCCUGAACCCUAGAAAUGCCCGUAUAUUCUUAGGCGAGCUAUGGGAAUUGUUGGCAAGUGCACAGGCGCAUGUAAGUGGCAUACCAGAACAGUUCAUCGAACAAAAGAAGGAAGAAAUAAAGAAAAGACAGAUAGAGCAAGAAAGAAUCCAGGCUAAUCUGAAAAAGCAUGAAGAACAGAUUAGAGAACAAUUGAGUAGAGAAAGGAAGGAACAAGAGAAGAGAGACAGAGGCUCUCCUAGAAGGUCAAGAAGUAGAUCAAGAGAGAGAAGACGAGACCGAAGGAGUAGAUCAAAAGAGAGAAAAAGAAGUAGGUCUAAAGAUAAAGAUUUGACCAAGGAUAAAACCAAAUCUGAUGAUGAGCAGGUUGAUGAGGAAGAAGGAAAACCUAACGAUAUGAAUAAAGAAGAAUCUGAUGUGAAAGAAAAAGAAAAUGGCACAGAUUUGUCAGCUGGUGAUACAGAGAAAAGAGGAGAGGACAAGUCUGGUUCACAGUCUCCAGAAAAAAAGGAAGAUUCAAAUGAUGAUAAAGAAGCGAGUCAUGAAAAGAAAAAUGAAAAUGAGGAAGAUGAAAAGAAAACAGACGACAGAAGGAAAAGAUCAAGAUCUAGGUCACCAAGCCAUGAUAGACAAAGAAGAAGUAGAUCUAGAUCAGAUUAUCGUAGGAGACGGCGGUCAAGGUCAGGGUCAAGAAAAAGAUCAUAUGGAAGGAGAUCCAGGUCAAGAGAUAGAUAUAGAAUACCAUCAAGGAGAGGAGAUCCAAGAAGGAGAUCAAGAUCACCAAGAUAUAGGCGAUCAAGAAGCCCUAAAAGAUCCAAGAGAGAACCAUCACCACCAAAUCGUAGACCUAAGAGCUCUUCAAGUAGUGGCUCAGAUAGUUCUGAUUCAGAUGACAGCAAUGCAGAAAAAAGACCUGUGACGGAGAAUAGUACUCAGGAAUCACCAGAGAAGACUGGUGUCCAGGCUAAGAGAAACUAUCGUAAGCAUGAGGAAAGUAACGAUUCUGACUCUUCUUCAGGUUCUUCUUCUUCCUCUUCAAGAGAGUCAGUUGGACGUAAACCUCCUCCAAGAAGAGACAGGCGAUCCCCACCGCCAAGAUGGGAACCACCAAGAUAUAACAGAUAUAAUGACAGAGGGGGAAGAUACUUUCCAGAACAAAGACAGAGAUAUUCCGACCCCAGGAGAAGUCCUCCACGUUAUUACAGCCCUCCACGGUUCAGGAGAUCCCCUCCAAGGAGGAUGAGGAGGAGAUCAGGGUCUGAAUCUCCUCCACCGCCCAGGCGGAGAAUGUCUCCUCCAGAUUUCUAUAGAAGGAGGUCUCCAGGAAAUUUUGAACGCAGACGUCCUUCAAGGGGAUCUCAAUCUCCACCACCAAGGAGACGUUCCCCACCUCCUCCAGCUAGACGCUUCAGAGAGGAAUCUCCUGAGUCAAGACCAAGGAAAAAAAGAGAUGACGUUAAACGUCCUUCACCUUCAGAUUCUGAAGAGGAGCAAGAACCUGAAAGAAAUAACAGAAUUCUAAAAAAAAGUAACACAUCUGAUGGUAAAAAGCAGUCUGAAUCAGAAUCUGAAUCUGACUCUGGUUCUGAAAAUGAAUCCUCAGGAGAAGAAUCCCCAGCUGCCAAAGAAAGUCAUCCACAACAGAAGAAAAAUUCACCACAAAGAAAACCUCAGCCUCCAAGAAGAGGGCGUGAAUCUUUUGAACAGUCUCCCCCUCCAAAAAGAAAUAGACAAUCAGAGGAUCAGAUGUCACCUCGUCGACCCAAGCGUGACUCUGAAUCCUCGUAUGACUCACGACAGAAACAAAGAAAUUACACAAGGCAGAGACCGCAUUCAGAAUCUUCUCCGGAAAAGUUUGCAGAUAUAAGAGACUCAAGAGAAAAUAAGUUACGUCAGAGAGAUAGACGAUCACCUCCCCCAUCUCAAAGACAUAGAUCACCAUCACCCCGCAAUAGAAAACCAUCAUCUUCACCUGCACAAUCUAGAAAACAUAAACAUACCAGCCCUAGUAGUUCAUCUGAAGGUUCACAGUCACCACCGCCAUCUAAAAAAGUGUCCAAAGAUUCAUUACGGCAUCCAACACCACAAAAACGUGGUCGUGGAGAUGUCAGUCCAGAUUAUGUUACUGGUUCUAAACGAUCACAAUCAUCACCUAGUCCUGAUAAGAGACAACCUGCUGAAGAGGAAUAUCAUCGAGUAGUAUCUGUUAAAAAAGAACGGAGUCCAGUUCGAGACAGAGAAACUUCAAAGCAAGACAAAGAAAGGAAGGAAAAAGUCAAAGUGAAGAAAGAUGUUUCUCAAAGUGAUUCAGAGGAUUCAGAAUCAGAUGUAGCCCAUAAGAAGAAAAAAAAGAAAGAAAAGAAAAAGCACAAGAAGCAUAAGAAACACAAGAAACAUAAACAUAAGAAAGACAAGGGACAAGGAGAAGAGAAGUCUGGCAGUGAGGAUGAUGAUGAAGAUGAGAAUCCAGAAGAACUAGAGCGUAAAUUGAGAGAAAAGGCAUUAAUGUCCAUGAAAAAUAAGGCAGCUCGAUCUAGUAACUCCCCUUAGCACUUUUGUAUAUGUUCAUUUAAUUGUAAAAAUGAAAUUUAUAUAAAAAAAAAAUUUUGUAUAUUGUGGUGCAAAAUAUUGUAUAUAAAUAUGUGAACAGGUAAGUAAUAAAUUACAAACUUGUGUUUGAAAUUUAUUACCUACAAAUUUUUUUAUAUUAAUAAACAGUUCCAUAACAAUAUAUUUCUUUCUGAAACUGCUCACUUAUUACACCCUAACUUGUACAAGUGUUCAUUGAUAUUUCAACUGGUCAAUUCAGUUUUAAUUUUAUUAAGAACUCUUUCAACUGUUUGUUAGGUAAUAUAUCUGUAUUGUUCAGGGGUUACAGCCUGCUUUAGGUGACUUUACUUUUGAUUGUGCUGAAUUCCACUUUUAAUAGCAGUUUUGUUUGGAAUUUUUUUUUUAUAAAGUUAACAUAAUAUGUCACUUGCAAGAAAAUUGGUUUACACUUAUAUGAUUUUGAUUUUAAGAUAUGCACAUGUCUCUACUAUGGACAAAUUUUCUGUUUGUUUCUAUUUCUUCCAUUUAACUGUAUUAGGGAGAGGUUAUACAGGCAAAAUGGUGAAAGAAAAAUUGUUCCAUUUAUUAAUUAAACCACGUACCAUACUCAUCUAGAUAUACAGGUGUCUAACAAGAUUCAAAUCUCAAACUGAGAACACUUGAACCAUAGCCAAUUCAAUUUCACUGUUUGAAAUUUUAGAAAUAGUUUGUUCCUUGUCAGAGAUACCAUUUUACAACUGAAAAAUGAAGGAAAAAACAACAAAAUUUUGAUACAUAUAUAGUACCAACAAAACCAUCUUGGAAUCCUGUCUAUCUAAAGGGGAAGACAUGUAUUUAAAUUGCAUGUUUAAAAUGCUGUUAUUGAAUUCCAUGAAUUAUGUAGUAAAUCCUUCCUUGUUUGAUAUUUCCUGGAAUCAGAGUUAUUUUGUAUUUUGAUGUACAAGUUGAAUGUUUGCAUAGUAUUUCUAGUAUUUCAUUUUUAUAAUUGAUUAAGCCAUAUGUUAUGGUAGUGUGUUUGUUAAUUUUUAUACGACUGCAAAAAAUUUGCAUUCGUAUAUUGCUAUCACGUCGUCAUCUGCGUCGUCCCAAGACAUUUGGUUUCCUGACAAUAACUUAAGUUUAAGUGUAUGGAUCUUUACAAAAUUUAACCAAAAGGUUCAAUACCACAAAAGGAAGGUUGGGAUUGUUUUUGGGGGGUGAUGGUCCCAUUCGUUUAGGAAUUAGGGGCCAAAAAGGGGCCCUGUAUCAAGCUUGAAUAUUGUCCAUUUUUACCCCAACUGUUCAUGGUUGGACCUUUGCGCUCGGCGAAGCACAUUUUUUAAAGUAUGAUUUUGCAUAAACAUGGUAUACACAUGCACAUCAUGGAUCUAAGAUGUUGAGAAAUAUCAUUUAAAAUUGAAUAUUAGUGCUGGAAUGUUAGAUAAUGAAGUUAAUUAAAAUACAAUUUUUACUAUAUUUAAACUCACUUAUGGUGACGUUGAAUAUUUUCCGUAUCCAAGAUACUGAAGAGAGACUGUCAUAGUUUUCUUCUAGUAGUCUGAGGGUAAUGUAUGAAUACUGUGAAAGUACAGUGGAUUCAACAUUAUUCGUUGGAUACCAAUUUUCGUGGAUUUCGUUGGUACAGGUAAACCACGAAUUCAAAUGUUCAACGAAUUACAAAUUUUCUAUAGGCUUUGUAUGCAAAGAUGGGCAAAACCACGAAAUCAAAUAUCUACGAACAUGCAAUUUUUCCUCAAUCCACGAAAAUUGGUACUCUCGAAAAUUAAUGAAUCCAAAGUAUCUUUGUUUCUUGGUCGAAAGUUUACAUGGUUUAUUGAAAUAUUUUGUGGGUUUUUUAAUUUGUGGUUUCAGACUUUUUGCAUAGCAAAUGAAUGGUAUAUGUGUGCUUGAAAUAUUAAAAGCAUGACUGAUAAAACAAAGAAAUCAUAAAAAAACCUUGUACCUAUUGUGUCUGUAUUUAGUAUCUCCCCAAAAUGUGUUUCUUGACUAACAAGUACUUCGAUUCAAUGGAAUUUGUAAAAUGAAAUAGUGUGCUGAUAAUUGAACAAUUUUAUUUAUAGCAUAUUUACUUUGAUGAUGUUUGUGUUCAAUAAAUCAAGAAUAAUAGAGAUAUGAUAACCUUUUAAGUUACGGUUGUAAAUGUUGCAACCAUUUUGGAUAUGUUAACAUUGGCUUAGUUCUAAAAAUGGACAGUGGGUACUGUAGGUGCAUAAUCAUUUCAGGUUGAAUGACAUCCAGAUAUUACAAAGGCUACCAGAUAUGAUUAAGAUGUUUAGAUGGACAUUUAUAGUAGCAGCAUUUUUAUAUUGAUCUAGCUGCCAUUUUUCUUGAUUUCCAAGUGGUAUGUGGAAAAAAAGGAAAUAUUAGUUAUUCAAUCAGAUUAUCAGCUUUUAAAUAUUAAGAAAAUAUUGUCUUAAUCUAUUUAUAAUUCACUUAUGUAGAUAUAUUUAUCUAUGUCAUCUUCACUUUCCAUUAAUUGAUUUUUUCAUUCGAUUUUGUAUUUUCAAAUCAUGCUGUUAAUAUGAGACGUGCUUGUUUUUGAACUGUUAGCUUGUUAAUUAUAAAUUAAUUGAGCCAACUUCUGUAUAUGAUUAUGUACAUGGGUACAAUAAAGCUUAUACAAGUGAA